GACGGCUGUCUACAGCCAUGGGGAAAUCAAAGGCGGGGUACAGGGGGAGGCAGAGGAGAAAACAACUUCCCCAUUUCUCUCAGAGGCUUAAGAAACACCCUGGGGGUCUCAGGGAGCUUUCCAGUGGCUUUAUUUCCAUCGAUCCCCAAGACCUGUGACUGGUGGGCAGAGCUACCAGAAACAAACAGUGGUUUCUCUUGCCCCUGAAGGUCAGGACCUUCUGUUCAAAAGGAAGCCGGUCUUUCCACUGUCCCAGGCCAUUCCCACAGCCACUCAGAUGGUAGGUCGGGAGGCCCCAGCCUUCCCCCCAGGAACUCGGUCAAGUGGGCAGCCCGAAGAUGGCUCAUAACAUAUCAGCAGCAGACGGUGAUGAUUAUGACGUCCUCAUAGCGGACGACCUGAAUCACAGUGAGACAGAACAGUGCCCCCAGUAUGACGCCAAGAUCCUGGCCUCCCAGCUGCUGCCUCCACUCUUCGCUACAGUUUUCCUGCUUGGUCUCCUGGACAAUUUCUUGGUUAUGCUUAUCCUGGUCAAAUAUAAAAGACUCAGACACGUGGAAAAUAUCUAUUUCCUCAACUUGGCCAUGUCUAAUUUGUGUUUCUUGUUUACCCUGCCGUUCUGGGCUCACAGCGCCUCCCAUGGGGAGCUUCUGGGCGAUUCCAUGUGUAAAAUUCUCGCGGCUCUCUCCUCCAUGGGCCUGCAAGGUGAGGCAUUGUUCAAUGUCCUUCUGACAGGGAAGAACUACCUGGUGUUUUUCCACGUGAGAAACUUCUCAGCCGCCGGGAAGAUGGCCUGUGGCAUCAUCACAAGUGUCCUGGCAUGGAUAACAGCCAUCCUGGUCACUUUGCCUGAAUUCCUGCCUUACAAAUCCCAGAUGGGAUUACAAAGACAGGAACACAAGUGCUUCUUUAGCAGACCCCAUUUCCUACCAGGUGAUGAGACAUUCUGGAAGUAUUUUCUCACCUUAAAGGUGAAUAUUGUGGGACUUCUCGUGCCAUCGCUAGUUUUCAUAUUUUGCUACGUGCGAAUGAGAAUAACACUGAGGUCCAGGGACAAGAAGUAUGACCUUUUCAAGCUUGUUUUCGCCAUCAUGGUUGUUUUCCUGCUGAUGUGGGGACCCUACGGUAUGGCGCUUCUCCUGUCUACUUUCAAGGAACACUUCUCUCUGCAGGACUGCAAGAGCAGCUACAACCUGGACAGAAGCGUUCAGAUAACGAGAAUCAUUGCAGCCACCCACUGCUGCGUCAACCCGCUCCUCUACGGACUUCUCGACAAGGCAUUUCGGAAAUACCUCUGCCACCUUUUCCAUCUGUGUGAUAACACUCCCCCACGACCCACCGAGAACUCUGCACAAGAUACGUCAUGGGGAGAACACGACCACUCCACUGAGGUGUAAACUAGUUUGCAUCAAAAUCCGGAUAAAUAAACAUUGGUUUUUGUUUUUUGUUUCA